UUCGCGUGAACGACAACUCAAAAUUCGUAUAUGUUUUAUUUUUCUUUUUAAUUAUUUUGACACCCACCACCACCAGUCCUUAAGUUUGAUGUUUUCGCAACCUCAUCAUCAUCAUCAUCAUCAUCAUCCAUCCAUCGAUCACACACAGUUUUGUAUAUUAUUAUGAAUCUUCUUUCUCCUCGUAAGUAGAAUUUGGGGAUUUAGGGUUCGUUUUGUGAUCGAAUUUUUUCAGGGAGCGUCGAGAAGGUAGUGGUUUUUGCUCUGAUCUGCGAUGAUGUAUCAGGCCGUUCCCACGGCAACAACCUCUCGCGGUGGGAUUCCAACGGAGAGCGGUGAUUAUGUUGUGACCUUGGAUCAGGUUCCAAGAUGGAGUGAUGUUGAGCAGAGGUCUUCGUCCCUCGAGGGUGGUGAAGCAGGUGAUCCAUCGCAUUCUAAUCCUCGCUAUGCAAACCCUUUGGCUUCUUCGUCUUCUGAAGCAGGGAGCAGCGGGAAUGGGAUGGUUUCUAAGUUUCCUGUGGAUCACGAGAUUAACUCCAGGAUCUACCUUUGGAGAGGGGAACCGUGGAACCUUGAGGUUGACGCUGUUGUCAACUCUACAAAUGAGAACUUGGAUGAGGCACAUAGCAGUCCUGGUCUACAUGCGGCUGCUGGACCUGGUCUUGCAGAACAAUGCGCUACAUUGGGUGGAUGCAGGACAGGGAUGGCGAAAGUAACAAAUGCAUAUGAUCUACCAGCCAGGAGGGUUAUCCAUACAGUAGGCCCCAAGUAUGCAGUGAAGUAUCACACAGCUGCGGAGAAUGCUCUAAGUCACUGCUAUAGAUCUUGCCUAGAGCUACUCAUAGAUAAUGGGCUUCAAAGUAUUGCUACGGACUGUAUAUACACAGAAGCCAAAAACUAUCCCAGAGAACCAGCUGCUCAUGUUUCCAUAAGAACUGUUCGUCGCUUUCUAGAGAAGCAUAAAGAUAAAAUCAGCGCCGUUGUUUUCUGUACCACCACAUCCUCUGAUACGGAGAUAUACAAAAGAUUACUUCCACUUUACUUUCCUCGUGAUGAGCAUGAGGAGGAGGUUGCCAUCUCAAAGCUCCCUGCUGAUGUUGGGGAUGAAAAUGGUGAGACUGUUAUAGACGAACGUAAAAUCAGAAUACAGGCAUUGCCAAAUAAACCUCUGGACAGGUCUUUUCCAGCUCUAGUCCAGCGCUCUUCCACUGAUCUUGCUUUGGUACGAAGGAACUCAAAUCAUCUUGAUUCGUAUUUGGAUCCCACCUUCAUGUCUUUGAUUAAAGAUCCAGAUGAAAGGCGCCAAGAACAAUGGGAGAAGACUGCACAAGCACAGAGUGGAUUCAAUUUUGUCAAGUUACUAGGGUUUGGUGAUCUGGGGGGACCCCCUCUCUCUGCUGCAGAGGAAUACUCACUUCAUUCGAGAUACCUAGCAAAAGCUAAUUCUCUUAACCUUUCGGAAAUUGCAGAAAUGAAAAUUGUGUACCGUGGUGGUGUUGACACGGAGGGUCAUCCUGUAAUGGUUGUUGUAGGAGCUCAUUUUUUGCUGCGAUGCCUUGAUCUGGAGCGUUUUGUGCUUUAUGUUGUUAAGGAAUUUGAACCAUUGAUACAAAAGCCUUACUCGAUUGUCUAUUUCCAUUCUGCAGCAUCUUUACAAGUCCAACCAGAUUUGGGAUGGAUGAAAAGAUUACAACAGAUACUUGGCCGCAAACACCAGCGCAACCUUCAGGCAAUCUAUGUACUUCAUCCAACUUUACAGUUGAAGGCGACAAUCUUAGCAAUGCAAAUGUUCGUGAACAAUGUGGUAUGGAAGAAAGUUGUAUAUGCAGACCGUCUUCUGCAGCUAUUCAAAUACGUUCCUCGUGAGCAGCUAACAAUCCCAGACUUUGUUUUCCAGCAUGAUCUUGAAGUCAACGGAGGAAAAGGUCUUAUCGUUGACCCAAGAACCAAAUAUGUCUAUCAACGUCCAUGAACCAUCCCCAAAGGGUGAAAAAAAUCAUCAAGACAUUUACUUAUGUGUCCGCUGUCUUUUUGUGCAAUAUUUGUUUAUUCUUUCAUGUUUGAUCUAAAGACUUUUUAAGCUUUACCCUUUUGUGUUGAUGUCGGGAGCAAAACAAAACCCUCUCUUUAGCUUUUUAAUGUAAUCUAUGUCUGAAUCUUGUUAAUAUUUAUAGUUCUCCUUUCUCUUCGCUA